AUGAGUUCAAAAUCUGAGGCAACUUCUCAGUCGGGAAGUUCGAAUUGGAAAAAAGGAGAAGCAAGGCCGCGACGAGGUGUUCCUACACAAUGCGAGUGUGGAUCUGCUAUUACAAGAUGGACCUCCAAAACUCACAAUAACCCCGGAAGAGUUUUUUUCCGUUGUGCAAAUCAUGAGGGAAAUCCUUCGCACUUAUUUAAAUGGGUGGAUGAUGCUUUUAUUGAAGCAAUCGAGGAUUUACAUGGUGAACAACAAAAACAAGGUGCUGAGAUUGAGUUGAUCAUUAAAAAGAUGCAAGAAAUGGAAGCAGAAAGGGAAGAGUUCGACGACAAGGUGAGAAGAAAUGAAAGAGAGAAGCAAGAUUUAGAAGCCCAGGUGAAACAAACCGAAAGAGAAAAGCAAGAGUUGGAAGCCAAUAUGGAAAAAACUGAAAGAGAAAAGAAAGAAUUGGAAGACAAGAUGGGAACAAUUGAAACAGAGAAGAAGGAUUUGGUAUUGGAACUACAAGUCUCCAAAUUGUUGGUGUUAGUGUUUGUUUUCAUAUCAGUUUGCAUGUACUACUAUGGUUUGUCUGUUUGA